UCGCCUGACCCGGAUAAUAUUUGUUCACGCAAUCUAUCAUAUACACGAGCAGGAGGGGGAGUUUAUGUGGAGUUUACUUUCGAAGGUGCUCUUCCUCCAUUCGGAACAAACAAUACUGAACAACUUGCCUAUCAGAACGACAACAAUUAUAUAAUUGAAGGAUGUACUUUUGAAGAAAACUUGGCCCCCGAACAAUGUUUUGAGAACAAGAUUGAGUUCCCUUCGGGAAAUGAUCAUAUGCCAUUCGGUCGUGGGGGAGGGUUUUCACUAUUUGUCAAGGGUACCACCAUGAACAAUAACCUAGUGAUUCAAAAUUGCGCAUUCAAAAACAAUCAAGCUGUUUGGGGAGCCGGAUUUUUUGUGGAAUUCCAAGACAAAACACAGAACAAUUCCUUGUCUAUUACUGGAUGUAGGUUUUUAGGCAACUCUAAAAGCACCGCUGGAGGAGCUGUAAGGUCGGGGUUUGCUAUUUGGCCCGGCAAAGAAAAAUUUUAUCCUAACAAAAUUCUUCACGAAAAUUGUACCUACGAAAAUAACAUGGCAAUAUUUGGAGGGGGUGUUUCCCACUAUGGACCAUAUUUUCACCCAGUUGAUACAGAAGAUAACUGUCGAAAGGUCAUUUUUAGAAGGUGCAGGUGGACGAACAACAAAGCAACUCUAGGCUCRGCUAUUGGGCUUUCAACUGCUACAAUGGAUCUAGCUUUGAAUAAUAUUAACCCUAACUUCAAAGAACCCAUUCUUCCUUACAUUGUUUGCCUUGAAAACUGCAGUCUUAUCGGUAAUGAGAUCAUACGAACUGAAGACGACUUUGUUAUUGGUCAGGGCGCGCUUUAUACGUACUCCGUUCCCGUCUUUCUUCAAGGAUCAACCAAGUUUGACUCGAACAAACAAACAGCUCUGGUUUUAGAUUCGGCAAUUCUUAAAGUUUUCGGUAAUGCAUCAUUUACGAAUAACAGUGGUCUUCAAGGAGGUGCUGUUGGCAUGUAUGGCAUGUCUAUCAUUGAUUUGAUGCCGGCUUCAAAUAUGUAUUUCAAAGGUAACAAGGCAACUGGUAAGGGGGGCGCAAUUUACGUAAACGUCGGCGGUCCACCAGUUGUCGCCUUCAAUACAACCGAACUUAAUACCCAUGGAUGUUUUCUCUCGUAUAACGACACAAUCACACUUGAACAUGUUAACCAGUGGGACACGAAUCUCACGUUUGAAUCAAACGAUGCGUCAGAUGGUGGAGGGAAAUCCAUUUACGCAACCACGUUACAAGGCUGUCGCRAAGUGGGAGAKRAAAGGAUUAACAAUCAYUCYCUSCAGUGGRACUUUGUGAAGUAUAUAAACGAACAUGGCGGUCAAGGAAACAUUUCAGAAGAAAUAUCAACAGAUCCUAUUAAAAUAGAGAUCAUUGAGAAGGAAUGGGAACGAUCCCCAGGUGAGGAAUUUUCUGCAUCUAUUAAACUAAUUGAUGAAAAAGGAAGUCUCGUGCAAGGUGUUGUAARCCUAUCAAUAGAUKCUUCAGAUCCUAAUGAUGCUAGACUAGGUACCUCUUCACCACUACUACUGAUAAAAAACAUAGAACACAAUGAUACUGUAGUGUCUGGUCUGGUGUUGAAUGGGAAGAAUGGUGGCAUGUUCAAUUUGACUUUAAGAACGGUCAGUGGACAAACCAUUAGUAMAACGAAUAACAAAACCCUGAGACUCUCCGACUGUAACCAAGGAUUUCAUAUAAACGAAGCAGAAGGCGAAUGUAUUUGCUCGAAAAAACAGCUGAUUGGGAUUUCUAGGUGCAGUGAUGACAGGAAAACAGUGUACUUGAAGACGGGCUACUGGGGAGGUAAUGUCCCUCAUGGAACAUUUGACACAUACUCGUGUCCACACGGACAUUGUAAUAAAACUACAACUAAUACAACAAAAAGAGACUUUCCACUUAAAAGAAAUCAACUGUGUGCAAAGAAUAGAAAUGAAAACAUCCCCCUCUGUGGAGAAUGUCURUCGAAUUAUACCGUGCUUCUGGGAAGUGAAGAAUGUGUCGAAACGUCUCAAGAGUGCAGUAAUCAACAUGCCUGGCUUUUAUUAGUUUUCUUUUUAGUGAUACUGGUAUUUGUGUUGCUGGUGCUCAAGAUAAACCUCGACAUCUUCACYGCUUAUCUGAACUCGUGGCUGUACUCUUAUCAGAUAAUGGGAUACCUUUUGCAGACGAAUACACAGCUCAGUGAUAAUGAUCCAUUCAUAUCGUUUGUCAUUGGACUUGCCAACUGGAGACUCCAAGGAGUUGGUAUUUGUUUCUAUCCUGGAUUAACAAACUUCUACAAACUGGGCCUCUAUUAUAUCCUUCCAUUCUAUACUCUUUUCCUUUUGUUGGUAUUGUCUAGGGUAGCAAGGUGUUUUCCUCGUUGGUACAUCGGCAGGAACGUAUCCCACGCUCUGUGCAAUCUGUUAGUGUUUUGCUAUACUGACAUCACCACAAUAUCCUUCAACAUCCUUCAUUACGUGAAGGUUGGUAGCGAAUGGGUGUUGUAUUUAGACGGGAAUAUCAACUUCUCUGACGACUGGAAAACUCACUUGCCAUUCACGAUCCUUGCCAUCAUUUUACUGCUAUUUGUKGCUCUCCUCCCUGUCGUUCUGGUGUUUACACCUUGGUUCUCCGGGAAGUUUCCUUGUCUUAACGGAUACCUAUUAUUCUUCGACAUUUUCCAAAACUGUUUUGAAGACCAAGAGAAGCAGAGAAAUAAUCGUUGGUUUGCUGGCUUCUACUUCAYAUGCAGGAUCUGGAUUCUUCUUAUGGCGUUGUUCCUUCCUCUUGGUCCGUUGAAGAGAUCCAUCCUGGAAGCCUCUUGUAUCCUGAUUUUGGGCAUCUUUCUAUAUUUACAGCCCUACAAUACAAGAUACAAUUGGCUGAAUACUCUAGAUGCUUUGCUGUUGACAAACCUUUGCCUCAUUACCGUUUUCAGCUCAGCAGUUAAUAGCGAGGCUGGUGAUUCGACAGUCAAGGGAUUACAGAUCUUGGUCAAUGUUCUGGCAUAUUUGCCGCUUGUAUAUCUCAUGAUCCUGUGUUUGGUGUGUGGUUGGAAUUAUUUUAAAGAAAGACAAAGAUCUAAUAGAUUGUUAAUGGAUGUGGAGAAAACUGAAGAGGAUUGUAACAGCGACGAAGAUGCAGAGAAAAGCGAAACAAAUCUUGGCUCUUUUAAAUGAACUUUGAAGGCUUUGACGUUCCCACAUCGAAGGCUUUUACCAGAGCGAGGUUAACCAUGGUAUUGACAUACUGGCACGGGCAACUGGACUUCAGUUUAGGCCAGCUUUCAGAAUUCCAGAAAUUUAUUCCAACCAAGGACUGACCAUAGCACAUGUAUCAUAGAAGAAAAUUUAGAUUCAGAGGAGCAGCCAAGCUUUUAUAUUAUUGCCCUUGAAAACAUAUGCACGGAAUCACUUUAAAAGUGAGACUCAUUAUUUAGUAUCAACUGAAAAAAUAUUGUGGCUCUUUCUUGGCGUUGCAGGGCACGUGAGCCAUAAAGAAAAUAUAAAACAAUAGAGGCUUUGCACCGUUUCCCAGUGGGAAAAAACUCUAUUAUUGUUGAUCUUUUCGUGGCUGCCAUCAUGUGUUGGUGCAAAGCCUCUAUUGCCGAGAAAAAUGAGUUUGGAGCUAAACAAUACUCUACAACUACAAAGAACGCGGCAACGCAGAAUCCAAUACAUCCUGCAACACCAAUAAAGACCCAAUAUUGUUUGGUACACAAUAUUUUACCUCUUGACAAUUGAUUAGCAAAGAUGAGAUCGACAAGAGUGCAACAAAAGCGGUGCACAAGCCAAAGUUAAUUUUUCAUGUAAGUCAAAAUUAGCCAUUAAUAUCGGAAUAUGGGUUAUUGAUAUCCAUGAUUUGUUUAAAAAGGUUAUUGUAACCAUGGGUUAUAGGUGAAAUGUUAUUUUUCCAAGGGAAUUAGGGACUCAGAUCGAUUUAGAAAGGGCGGGGAAGUUCAUGGUACCUUUUAGGGUUCCAGAUCUUCAAUUUGGUACUUCUUAGGGGGUCGUAAAUCUAAAAAGACCACCAGAGAGUAAGACGUUACCCCUUAGGGUGUUCGUCGGGUAAUAAGAUACCUAAUAUUAAAAAAUGACAGCCAGAA